GCCAUAUCAUUUGUUCUCCAGAACAUGGCCCAGGUAUUCGCAGACAAAACUAUACUGGUUCAGAGCGACAAUCAGACGGCGCUGGCCUAUCUGCGCAACCAGGGGGGCACCCGCUCCGAGCCAUUGUUAAGUAUAGCAAGGAACACUUACACCCACUUAAUGACCCAUCGCAUUCAUCUGAUGACGAGUUACAUUCCAGGCCCGCUCAACUCUGUAGCGGACAGUCUGUCGAGGUUCAAAGCACUCCCAGAGUGGCAUCUUCUUCCAAUAGCGACCAGAUUGAUAUUUCGCAAGUGGGGAAUACCAAUAAUAGAUCUAUUUGCUUCACAGAACGCUCACGUAGUUCCCCGAUAUGUAACGCGAGACCUGAGAGAUCCAGCAGCAGACUUCCACGAUGCCUUCAGCAGAACUUGGACUUACAAGCUGGCGUGGAUAUUCCCGCCACCGUGCCUGAUGCAUCAGGUGUUGUACGCGAUGAACCAAGCGCAAGAAGGUGUGCUAUCCUGUUACUGCUAGCUUCCGGGAGGCGGGUCCAUGACCUAACGCUACUCUCGGUAGCCCCUGAUCACAUGGAGGAUCACGACGGCCGCAUCACAUUCUGGCCCAACUACGGGUCAAAGACAGACUGCCUCGCCCGCAGACAGUCUGGAUGGGAACUGUCAUCAGGUCCUCAUCCAAAUAUUGACCUUGUUCGAUGGCUUCGCCGACUGGUAGAGUUAUCUGCCCCACGCCGCGCUCAGGCGGAGACCUCCAGCCUCUUCGUGACGACGUGCGGCGCCCCGCGGGCUGCGAGCCGCACUGUCAUCGGUGGCUGGGUGCGCACGGUGCUAAGUGAAGCUGGGAUCCACGACGCACCAGGCUCUACUAGAUCAGCUGUUGCAUCCUUGAGUUGGGUUCAAAAUUUUCCAGUUGAGGACAUCCUUGCUCGUGGUAACUGGACCUCUCAAAACACCCUGCUCAGAUAUUAUAAAAGGCCGCUAGCCCGGUCUACUAGUGAUACAGCAUCUGCAAUGACUAAUUGCUUCAAACCUGUAUAAUUCCAAAUUUUGAUUUAUUACCUACACUUAUUGAUUGUAUUAUACCAAUCCAUGUGAACUUUUUGUUUCAAAUUAAUAACUUAUUAAACUUACGCAUUAUACUUGCAUAUGAUUGUUGAUUUAAAGUUGAUUUACCUACACAUCACAUUCUGAUCAUUUCUGAUGUACC